AGUGGAAAAUUCACAGGUCAGCCUUUAACAGCCCUGAAGAAGACGUCGCACCAUUGUGAAGACGAAAAAAAAUGAUUUCCAUCUACAUGAUCGUCACCGCUCUGGCAACAACAGCUCUGGCAAAAGGCUCUAUUGAGUGCAGUUUUUCUGAACCUGCUGGAGUUCAGCAGUGUUUUGGAGCAGUGGGACAGCUGCUGAUUUUUCAUCUGCCAAAUACAGCAAAUACAGAUAUUACUUUGAAAAAGGAUGACGAAUAUAUCAUUUUUAAAAGAGUCAAAAACAAGACAGUGACUCUGCAUGAAGAAUAUACGCAUCAGCCUCAACUCUUCACCGAUGGAACAAUCAAACUAGGCCACGCAAUGAAAAGACACUCUGGAGAGUACGUGUUGGAAGAAUUUGGAUCUAAUGGUGUUUUACUGAAAAAUGUGAAAAUGCAUCUCGAAAUACAAGCUCCAGUGUCAAAGCCAGCUGUGUCUCAGAUCUGUUUGUCACCUGAACAGAUGAACAUCAGCUGCUCCUCUGAGGGAGAUGGAGUGGAGUUCAUUUUGACUUUGGACGGUUAUUCACUCAUACAGACCAGAGGCCACAGACAGUCCCCCCACAGCUCAGCAGCAAACAUGGAGUCACCAGCAAGGAGCCAAACUGAACAAGACACACCCAUUAUUUCGAAAGUCACCAUCAGCUUAUAUGGUCAGCUGAUAGGAAACCUGAUGUGUCAGGUUUUGAACAACGUCAGCACAGAUAAAGCGGGUCUUUAUCUGACAGGCUGUGCAGCUUUAACUUGUUACUCCCCUGUUGUCUUGGCUGUGAGAGCUGUCAUUGUCACUCUAUUUCUUGUGGCUUUGUGUCUUGUCAUCUGCCACGUUCAUAAGAAAACAAGGUCCAUCACUGUUAAAGAAGGUGUUUCCAAAGAUGGCAAUCUCUCCUGA